AUGUCCAUGAUCAAACACUUUGACACACCACAUAUCGUUCGCUUCGGCAUGACCGACGAUGACCCGGCCAAAAGUGAGACGCAGUUUUGGCGAAACGGAGUGCAUUUCCUCAUCCAGGUUGACCAGGCCGACGUGCGAGGCACCGACUUUGAGCAGAAAUGGAUUCCCUUUCUCAGCCAGGAGCCGAUCUCAUCUCACAUGGAACGCUGGGGUGGGCUCUGCGACCUGGUUAUCUCGCAGUGCUUGGGAAUCUUACAGGAACUGGCCCCGAAUCGGCCGUACUGGAAUACGCUCUACGAUUAUCUUCACGUUGAUUCGUAUACCCUACGCCUAUCAGGUAGCCCGGGACAGGAUGUAACUCCACAGAUUGUCCAAGGUCCGACAAGCACCUGUGCCUAUGAGAUGCGGACAGCCGCCUGGAAAACGUUUGCCCCACCGGAUGACCUACCUGUCUUUGAUUCCCGGGUGAUUAUUCCUCUAGGGCACGAUCAGGACUUGAAGAGCCCACCUAAAAAGGUUCGCUUGCCCGAUGAGAGAGAGGCUUUCUUUUUCCCUUGUAAGGUCUCGAGUAGGCGGCUUGUUGGGUCGAGCUUUGUCGACGUUGCCAAUGAGUCGCACCAGUCGAUCGCUUCUUACCUCCUCCUAAAUUCGCUGCAGAUUCCCCGUAAUAACGCUCACGCAAGCAUUCCAAACGUUCUUGGGGUGGUAUCCGAUGGCGGCAAUUCUAUCCCCAACACGCAAGCCGAAGGAGAAAAGGUGGCGGGCGUUCUCCUGGAAUGGAUUGACGGGUUCCGUCUCAUCAACGCGGGCUCAAGGGAAAAUCGCCACGUCGCAAUGGCCAACAAAACAAAUCAAGCAGACUGGAGGGAGCAGGUGCUCGGAAUCGUGAGAGAACUCCAUCGCCGUGGAGCGUCUGCCCUUGGCGUUGAGAUCAGCCCAUUCAGUGUCAUGAUUGACCGGAACGAUGGACAUACAUGGCUGACGGGGUUUGUUGACUGCAAGGCCUCGAAAGACCACAGCGCUGCAGAUGCCUGCGAGUCUGAAUCUGAAGCAAAGCAAGUCCAGGUUGUGUUCGAUCAAUGGCUAAGAGUAGAAGCAGAGAGCUGGACAUUGGAUUCAUCAGAGCCCACAAGAGUUGAAGUGCUUUCCCGGUGGUGGGAUAUCACAAAUUAUCAGAACUGA